AUCAGCAUAGUCGAUAAGCUAUAAUCCACUAGAUUCCGAGCAAAAAGCGUUUAAUCGCUUCGUGUGGUUCCCUCGUCAGUAGUAUGCAUCUAGUUUUUUUUUUGUUGUAGACACCUUUUUUCGCGCUAUCAAGUAGGUUCACCGAUAACAAUGAAAACAAAAAUGUUGUCACCAGUAAAAACAUUUGAUGAAUAUUUACCCAAACCAGAAAUUCCGAAGAAAGAAUUGAAUUGGGAAGAAGAUUUGGAAUUACGUUCAAAAUUUUUAGAUCGCCGAGAUGAACUUGUUGAUGAAUACAAAGGUUACAUUUAUCAACAUCCAGAUAUACGUGCCAUUUU